AUGACAACACGUUCCUAUGUUAUACCAGAUCUUGACGAUGAUGAUGAUGAUCAUAAUAAAAGGGAAUCACCAAAUUUAUUUUCGAAAAGAAUAAAAACCGAUGAUUCAUCAACAAUAAAUGAAACAAAAUCAUCUGCAACAAUUCCAUCAAAUCCUAUUCAAGAAAAAGAUUCUUCAAUAUCAUCUGUUCGUCCAUCAUCAGGAGCAGUUCCAUCAUCAUCAUCAUCAUCAUCACUUCUUGUUCAUUCUCGUCAACGAGGAAAUCCAUUAUUAAAACAUAUACGUCAAGUUAAAUGGGAAUAUUCUGAUAUGAUAUUAGGUGGAGCUGAUUAUUCAAUGAGUCGUAGUUCAUGUGCAUUAUAUUUAUCUCUUCGUUAUCAUCAAUUAAAUCCAAAUUAUAUAUAUGAUCGUCUUAAAUCAAAUAAAUUACCAUAUCAAUUAAAAAUUUUACUUGUUCAAUGUGAUUUAACUGAACCAUCACAAUCAUUAAAAGAACUUGCACGUCUUUCAAUAAUAUAUGAUUUAACACUUGUUGUUAGUUGGAAUGAUGAAGAAUCAGCUAAAUAUUUAGAAACAUAUAAAAUAAUUGAAGGAAAAUCAGCUGAAAAUUUAAUGGAUCUACAACAAUAUCAAUCAACAGAUUAUUUAACGAAAUUUAUUGAUAUGAUUACACAGGUUAAAUCGAUUAAUAAAACUGAUGCUCAAACGUUAUUACAUGGAUUUGGUUCAUUAGAUAAAAUAUUAAAUUCAUCAAAUGAACAAUUAUGUGUUUGUCCUGGUUUAGGUCAAUUAAAAGCUCAAAGAUUAUAUCAAUCAUUUAAUCAACCAUUUAAAAGACAAAAACAAAAAACAAUUCAAAUUAAUAAACAAGAUAAAGUUUCAGAUGAUAAACAUUUUCAUGAUCAAACACAUUUUGAUUUAUCUAAUAUUGAUGAAGAUCUUUAA